UUCCUACUGGAUCUUCCCGCUGAGUUAAAGCAACGGGGGAUCCACCCGGCUUUUCACGCCAGUCUCCUGCGUCUGCACGUUCCUAACGACGAUCGUCGUUUCCCAGGCCGCCAACUCCAUCAACUCGCGGAUAUUGGAACUCCCGAGGAGUGGUCAGUGGCUCGCGUCACUGAUCAUCAUGGCCAGGGUAGCGGUGCCCUCUUCAAAGUAGAGUACACCACUGGUGACUUCGUGUGGCUCCCUUACCACUCUGUCUCCCGGCUUGAGGCCGUGGGCCAGUACUUAGAGGCCCUGGGGGUCCCUGGUAUAUUCCACCUC